AUGAAUCUAAAGGCCUUGAAAGUUGUGAAGCUGCUUCCCCGGGCCGAGGCCAUCCGCUCCAAGCUGGUGUGCAUGUUCUACCUGAUGGAUCACCUGCAGGGCCUGAGCCAAGCCAUCCCCCGGCACAACAUCAAGGACUUCCUCGAUGCCAGAAAGCAGAAGAAGCUGAUGCUCAGCGAUCACAACCAGCUGGUCCGUUUUGAAAUCAAGCCCAUCAAGAAGACCCUCGUCACCCCGGAGAAGCACCUGCGUAACCGCAUUGAGGUCCGCAGUAGCCACUGGCCUCCCCUCGCCCUGUGGGCAUCCUGGCUCCUGCACAGCAUACUCUUCAGAAGCUUCAUCAUCUUCCUGAUCUUCCUGAACACUCUCGUCCUGAUGAUCAAAAGUGAGCUGAUGAAGGUGGCCACCGUGAGUCGCAACAUCACCACAGCCCUGGAGGUAGCGGUCUGGGUCAUUGCUAUCAUUUUCAUCAUUGACAUUGUGCUGAACUGGUUGGUGAACUUCAGGGGCUAUUGGAAGAAUGGCUGGAACAUCUUUGACUGCACCAUCACUUUCGUGUCACUCAUCCCCGAGUUCUUGUACCUGUUCCACAUCGCAGAGGAGUCUGUCUCCAAGAGAGUUCGCCGCGUCUUCCGCAUCCUCCGCUCCUUGAAGAUCUGCUGCCGGUUCCAGCAGGUCCGGCUGAUCAUCCGGGCCAUAGCAAAGGCCUUGAAGGCCAUGACAUACAUCCUCCUGUUCCUGCUCGUUUUCUUCUACGUGUUUUCUGUCUCUGGUGUCUUCUUCUUUGAGAACUACACCCACUCCAACUCCGCAGAUGAAAAAUACAAGGACUAUUUCAGCUCCUUUUCCAGCGCUGUGGUGACUGUCUUCAUUCUCUUCACCAUGGACCACUGGUACGACCUGCUCCAGGACACCUGGAAGAUUCCCAAUAUGAACAAGUUUAUCAGUGGGAUGUACAUCAUCCUCUGGCUGCUGAUCGGGUCCUUCCUCUUCAAGAACAUUAUUGUGGCCAUCAUGGUGAGUAACUUCCAAACCAUCCGGAGUGACCUAAUGGAAGAAGCGCAGCAGAUAGAAAGCCAGAAGCAAGUGGAUUUAUUUAGAAUACAAAUUAGAGAAAGGAGACACAGCCAGUCCUCGACAGGCAUCAAGAGCUCGCAGAGUGGCUCUGCCAGGGUACUGGACCAAGAGGCCGACCAUGGCAGCAAAGCCGUCUCACUGUCCAAGAAGAGCUCUGAACUGAAGCUGCCCAUAGACCAAGCCGCAAAGGACUCGGACUGGGAGACAUAUAUACAGAAGAACCUGAAGAGACUCAUUGAUGAAAAUGAGGAUGUACAAGUGCUAUGGCCUCGUGAUUCCCUCUUCCGCUACCUAGAGCUGCUGGAGGAGCUGCAGUAUAACCUGGAGGACCGCAAGAGGCUGCAGAAUCACGCGCCUGCCCUGCAGCCCGCGGCUGACCCGCUGCCGCCUCUGAGCCCUGCCGGCCUCAGCGCGCACGUCAGCGCGCAGGGCACCGCGCGGCAGCUUCGCGUCGUCAAUAAUGCAUCAUCCGGGCAUGGGGCAGGUGGCCAGGCCGGCCUUGGGUUACAGCCUGGGUAA